GCUUGCAUAAUCAAAACAAUUUCAACGUUCUGAGAAAGAAGAGAAGAAUUCGCUUGUAGCACCGAAUAUGAAAUUUACACGUAUGGGACUACAAUCAGCGUUUCUCUUCUUGACAGUGUUCAAAGGCGUUGAAAUUGCCUGUCAAAUUGACAAUGGACUCGGCGCAACACCGGGACGCUUUCCAUAUCAAGUAUUCAUUACUCAAGACGGCGAAUACAUCUGUGGUGGUGGAAUAAUUGACGCAAUUCAUGUGAUCACGUCAGCUCACUGUGUGGCUGAAGACCCAAGAUACGAACUAGCAGUGAUCGCUGGAGCAAUACAUUUGAAUGACAAUAAUGCAGUCAACAGAAGUGUCAACAGAAUUCAUGUACAUCCAUAUUAUUUCAGUCCACAUAUCGGUCCUCACGCAAUCGGAGGGAAUCCUUCAACGAAUGACAUUGCCGUACUGACCUUAAUUUCACCUUUUCGGUGGGAAAAUCGUAUCAGGCCUAUGGUAUUACCAACGAAUACAGUGGAAGCUACAGACUUCGAGUGCAUAGUUUGUUAUUUCGCUGGAUUGGGGCGAAUAGGACAACUUAGUCCUCAUUCGAGACUGCUGCAGUACAUAGUUAUGAAAAUAUUAACAGCUAGAGAGUGCAGCCGGUGGCAACACGCUCCAGCAGUAAAUGAAUUCUGUGCUCAAGACAUUUUCGUAGCAGCAAGCGGACUCGAAGGAGACAGCGGUGGGGCUAUCGUCUGCAAUGAUGUGGUUGUAGGCAUAUUCAAAGGUUCAGACGAACGUCCAGGCUAUCCACAAAUUUUCACCAGUGUAUAUGCUUAUUUAGAUUUCAUUAAUAUGGCGCGUGAAAACUGAAUUGUGACUCCCGUUAGAAACUGAUAAGUGUAUUUGUCUUUCCGGUGUCAAUGAACUCAACUCUAGAUGUAUGGAAUAAAUCGAUGA